AGUACAGUUCUUCAUUUCUCAGAACAUGACUCGGAAUAAGCGGAAAGCUGACUGUGGAUGAAUUUGCUUCGUUUUUGGCACCUAUGGCCUUCCACAGUGCUGCUGCUGUGCGCCGGAGCGCAGACUGAGCUCUCUGCUGUUCAGAAACCCCUGAAUAUAGGAGGGAUUAAAAAAAAGCUCUUGUUCAUUCAUUAAACUCUUGUAUUUUUCAGCAGGAUGGAGGGAGCGAGAUUACUCACUAAAGUGCUGCUUUUUCUGCACGUGGCGCUGUUUGUUCCUCAAUCAAACUGCUCGGAUAUGAAAGUGAUCGACGUGUUGGCGCUGAGUGGCGGCGCUCGGAUGGCGGCGGCGGUGGAGGAUUUGGUGGGAGGUUUGGAGAAAAUGAAGGAAGUGUACGUGACCUCCACGUUUCGUCUCCCUCCUAAACUGGGCGGCAUGCUGUUCGGAAUCUACAGCAGAGACGACGGCAAGAAAUACCUGGAGAUCACCGUCAUCGGCAAGAUCACUAAAGUGUUAGUAAAAUAUUUGCGCUCUGACGGGAAGCUCCAAUUGGUGAAUCUACAUAACCCCACCCUCGCUGAUGGGCGGAGCCAGUCCCUCAUCCUCAAAGUGGGCGGACUCAGACAGAGCCACAUCAGCUUUGAGCUCUACAUUAACUGCCGUCUGAUUGACUCCGCCCACGGGCUGCCCUCAUUGGCCAAGGUGCCUUCGAAAGUGGAGUCUGUGGAGGUCCGGAGCGGAGAAAGAAACUUCGUCCGAAUGCAGGGUUCAGUGGAAUCUUUAAAGUUGGCCCUCGGUGGUUCUCUUCCUAAAGCUGGGCUCCUCACUGACUGCUCACUGCAGGGAGACUCAACACAACACAACACGGUGGGCAGUGACAUGAACACCUUGCUGGGUGAUCAUACUAAAGCUCUGAUUGGUCAGUUGAUCAUAUUCAAUCAGAUUAUGGGCAAUUUGAGAGAGGACAUGAGGGAAAUGACGAAGGAGAUGUCUUUAAUCAGGAACACCAUCCUGGAGUGCCAAGUGUGUGGUUUUAAUGAGCCUCAGUCUCGGUGUCAGUCUAAGCCGUGUUAUGACGGUGUAGCGUGUGUGGAUGUGUUGCAGUUUCCAGGGUAUCGAUGUGGCUCAUGUCCCGCAGGAACUACAGGCAACGGCACACACUGCCAGGACAUCGAUGAGUGUGCAGCGCAGCCAUGUUUCUCUCCUCACAUGUGUGUGAACAGUGUUAAGGGGUUCCGCUGUGAGCCGUGUCCCCCAGGGUUCUCCGGGUCCGAGUUGAGCGGAGUCGGCAUGGAGUUCGCCCAGAACCACAGACAGGAGUGUGUUGACAUAGACGAGUGUGCGGAUCAGACCGGUGCCUGCGUCCCCAACUCCGUCUGCAUCAACACAGAGGGUUCCUUUCAGUGUGGUCAGUGUAAGUCGGGUUUCGUGGGGAAUCAGACAUCAGGCUGUUUUCUCAAGAGAGCGUGCGAUCUUCUGGGCUACGAUCCGUGUGACGUGAAUGCUCACUGUGUGAUGGAGCGCAGCAGUGAUAUUUCCUGUGUGUGUAACGUGGGGUUCGCGGGGAAUGGGAACAUCUGCGGCGUCGACUCUGACCUCGAUGGCUAUCCAGAUGCAGCACUUCCCUGCAUCGAUAACGAUAAACACUGCAGAGCGGAUAACUGUGGAUCCACGCCGAACUCCGGUCAGGAGGACACGGACGGCGACGGUGUUGGAGAUCAGUGUGACGAAGACGCGGACGGAGAUGGAAUAAAGAACAUGGAGGAUAAUUGUCGUCUAACGCCCAAUAAGGACCAGCAGAACUCAGACACCGACUCGUAUGGCGAUGCAUGUGAUAACUGUCCAAACGUCCCGAAUGGAGAUCAGCAGGACACGGACGGUAACGGCGUGGGAGACAGCUGUGAUAACGACAUUGAUGGAGAUGGAAUCCCAAACAUGCUGGAUAACUGCCCGAAAAUCCCCAAUGCCAUGCAGACAGACCAGGAUGAUGACGGAGUAGGAGAUGCAUGUGACAGCUGUCCUGAGAUUAACGACCCCACUCAGGCGGAUGUUGAUAAUGACUUGGUGGGAGACAUCUGCGAUACCAACCAGGACACUGAUGGCGACGGUCUUCAGGACACGAGGGACAACUGCCCUGAAAUCCCCAACAGCUCUCAGGUGGACUCAGAUAACGACGGCAUCGGAGACGAUUGUGAUGAUGACGACGACAACGAUGGAGUUCCUGAUGCUUCUUAUCCCGGACCUGAUAACUGCAGACUCAUCCCCAACCCUAACCAGAAGGACUCGGACGCUGAUGGAGUGGGUGAUGUGUGUGAAAACGACUUUGAUAAUGAUAAAGUGAGUGACCUGAUGGACGCCUGUCCAGAAAAUGCUGACAUCACCAUGACAGACUUCCGAGCCUUCCAAACGGUCAUCCUGGAUCCACACGGAGAUUCCCAGAUCGACCCCAACUGGGUGGUGCUCAAUCAGGGGAUGGAGAUUGUACAGACGAUGAACAGUGACCCUGGUUUGGCCGUCGGCUACACAGCGUUCAAUGGCGUUGAUUUUGAGGGAACGUUCCACGUGAACACGAUGACGGACGAUGACUAUGUGGGCUUCAUCUUCGCCUAUCAGGACUCGUCCAGCUUCUACGUGGUGAUGUGGAAGCAGACGGAGCAGACGUACUGGCAGAACCUGCCGUUCACUGCGCUGGCAGAACCGGGUCUGCAGCUGAAGGCCGUGAAGUCUCGCACAGGUCCGGGUGAAUAUCUGCGGAACGCACUGUGGCACACUGGCAACACACACGGAGAAGUGACACUGCUCUGGAAGGAUCCCAGGAACGUGGGAUGGAGCGAUAAAACGUCGUACCGCUGGAGCCUGAGUCAUCGGCCGCAGGUCGGAUACAUCAGAGUGCGUCUGUAUGAAGGCACUGCUCUAGUCGCUGACUCCGGUGUGGUGAUUGACACAUCGAUGAAAGGAGGACGUCUGGGUGUUUUCUGCUUCUCACAGGAGAACAUUAUCUGGUCCAAUCUGGGCUAUCGGUGUAACGAUACAAUCCCAGAUGAUUUUUACCUCCACCACAAACAGAUGAACCUCAGGACAGGAGCGUAGACGAGCCCACGACUUUAAUCACACAACCGGAAGUUACCACAGACUCCAGUGUGUGUGUGUGUGUGUGUGUGUGUGUGUGAGAGAGCGAGAGAGAGAGAGAGAGAGUUCCUGUUUUUGUGUGUCUAGCCAGUGUUGUUUUUUUCUGAACAAAGAUAAGAAGUGGCAAAACAUUUUCAUUUUCUUUUCUUUGCUAUUUGACUCGUCCUCAUGCUCAAGUUAGUUUCUAAUGAAUUAAUUAAAUAUUUUAGAAUUGAAUUAGAAAUGUUUCAUAAGGUGUAACGUCAGUGCCAGUGCUUUAGAAUAAUCCAGCGUAGAGCUUCUUCAUUUCUACAGCUGGAUAUUUAACAGAAAUGUAUUGAUUGAUUCAACCAACACUUCAGUGUUAAUUAUUAUUAUUAUUAUUAUUAUUAUUAUUAUUAUUAUUAUAUAUUUUAUUAUUAUUAUUAUUAUUAUUAUUAUUAUUAUUAUUAUUUUAUUUGUAUUAUUAUUAUUAUGGUGCUAAUUCUGAUUUCUACUCAGUAUGUGUGUGUGUGUGUGUGUGUACUGUAUCUAUUACUGUAACUAACACAGUAUACUCUCAUGUCCUGGAUUUGUUUAAAUGUAAUUAACAACAGUUUAUAAAUAAACAUUUUAAAAUGCUAUUAAUGCUUGUUACACUGUUACAUGCUGUUAUAGGAAAGUAAUCCAUUUUUAAAAAAUUGAAAGAGAACUUUUUGCUUCAGUCUCGGCAGAUUCUUGACUUGACCCUAAUCAGGAGAGGUCAUUUAUUCGACUUAUUUAUUAAAACUGAUGUGAUUUAAACUGAAAUGUGCAAAAAAAAAAAAGUGUGUGAAUGCUGACGGAUGUGGGAGUUUGUACACGCGCAAACACACACACACACACACACAGAGAUAAAGGUGUGAAGGAGGGAGGAUGUUAAUGGUCAUUUCAACAUGACGUGGAAACUCUUUCUCUUUUGCCUGUUUGCUGUUCAGCGUAAGUAAAAUACAAUAGAAUUAAUUAUUGUUUAUUUGUUUAAUACCAGUUUGUUUAUUUAAGAAGAAAGUUCAGUGCGACGAGAUUAAAAAAAAAAAAGUAAUUACAAAAUUCUAAAAAUAAUACUGAACAGUUUUAGCCUUUUUAAUCCUGCACUGAAAAACUCU